AGCACCGGACGCGGUUCCCAGGGAAACACAUCAUCAAACGUUUGGCGAAACGUCGUCAACACGCUUCAAACGACCUGAAAGCUUUACUUCGACACGGUACAAGCUCUGUGAAAAAGAAAGGCUCCAUAAUAGGAAGCGCGUUUGAAGUUGGUGUGACGUUAAACCAUUUUUUUAAUUGUUGUUUUUUAAAAAGAUUUCUCGAAGCGAAGUCACGUGCCAAGAAGGUUGAAUUGAAGACGGCGGAAAUAAGCGAAAAAGAUGAGUCGUAACCUGACCCGCAGUCAGCAGUAUCGGCUGGUGGAACAGCGGCGUGCCCUCGAGGAGCAGAAGCAGCUCGAGGGCCUGCGAGUGGACCGCGACCGGAAAAUGGUGGCCGCCAUGAAGGAGGAGGACAAUGUGGACAGGAAGAGGUUCUUACGACAGGUGCAGGAAGAGCUGAAAGAGAGAGAGAUAGAGAGCGCCAUGGUACAGGCCCACACCGAGAAAAUGUUGAGGGAGAAGCAGCUUGUCCAAGAGGAGAAGCUGGCUAAAGAGCUGGCCCGCAUCAACCAUGACAGGCAAAGAGAAGGCAAAAUUAGGCAGUAUAUUAGAGAGAACAGCAUUGAGCUUCGAGAAUUGGAGUCAAAGUUGAAAUUGGCCUACGUGAGCAAGGAGCAAGCGGCACAGAUGGCGGAGCACGACGCUAUCAAGUGUGAGACAAUGCGUGAAGAGGCAGAGCUCUACAACAAGAUGAAGAGCGACUUUGACCAGGCGACCCUGGAAGAGGAGAAGCUGGAGCAGCAGAAGCAAGAGGAACAGCUCCAGUACCAGCACGAGCUCAGCCUGCAGCUCAUCGAACGGGAGCACAAGAGACAAGGGGCCUACGACGACUUCCUCAAGGAGAAGCUCAUGGUGGAUGAGAUCGUGCGCAAGAUUUACAAAGAGGAUCAGAUGGAGCGACAAAAGAAGCUGGAGAGGGUGCGUGCCACCCAGAAGCACAUCGAGGACUUCCAGACGCAGCGGGCCGAGUGGCAGCGUUUGGAGAAAGAAAGGAUGGAGGAGGAGAACAGACGCAUCAGGGACUUCGCAAACCAGCAGAAGAAGUCGCAGCAGGACAGGACAGCAAAGAUCAGAGCGCGAGAAGAAGCAAUACAGCACCUCAGAGAUACGCUUGCUGAGAAAAUGGCCGAGGAGAGGCGACAGCGGGACGAGAUGGAGAGAAUUCGCCAGGAUCUUUGUCUCGAGGAACAAGAAGAAGCCUUUAGAAGGAAAGAUAUUGAAGACAUGGAGAGGAACAUCAGACAGAGGCUGAUGAUGCAGAGGACCUGCCAGGAGCAGAUGGCUAUGAAGGAGAUGCGUCGGCAGGCGGAGAAAGAUGAAGACGAGGCGUUCCGCAAAAUGACCAUGGACAAGUUUGCGGAGGACGACCGCAUCGAGCAGAUGAACGCCCAGAGGCGACGCAUGAAGAUGAUGGAGCACAAACGCGAGGUGGAGAAGCUGAUCGAGGACAGACGACGGCAGCACCAGGCCGACAGGGAUAUGAAGGCUAAAGAAGAAGCAAUGGAGCAGGAGAGAGAGGCGCUGUGCAGACAGAUCAUCGAAGAGGAAAGACUGCAGCUUCUCCAACGGCACGCAACCAAACUGCUCGGGCACCUACCAAAGGGUUUGCUUCGUGAAGACGACCUGAAGCAUUUUGACGAAGACUUCAGGAAAAACUUCCAGACAAGUCAAGCAGAUAACGCUGAAAACCAUGGCGGAGAUGAUUGAUUCAUUUUCUUUUAUUUGUUGCUGUCUUUAGCUUACUAUAACAACCGAUCCCGCUUUCAUGGCCAAUCUCUAGUGAAUGGUUAUAGACACACAUGCAUAAUGGAUGACAUCUAAUACGAGAGGUGCUAAUGACAAGGUCAAAAUAUUAGAAACAGCUACACAGACGUCAGUAAAAUAUUGGUCAAUUAAUAGCUUUCUGAUGGUGAUGGUCGAUGUUGUGGUCUGUUGAUCCUCUGGUGGUGUCUUGGGCCUUGGGUCAACGAAACACCAGUGACCCGGUGGAAUUGUUAGCUCCAUCUCAAAAACAGUUUCUCGAGGCAUAUGCAAGGAUUAUAACCAGGACCAGGCGAGUACGGGCUGAUACCGGCCUUACGAUACCAGCCACCGAUACUUAAGGCAACAAAAGAAUCGUGACAUUAAAGUCCCCCUUGCCAGUAGUUGGCGCUACACUGUGGCAGUUUACACAUUGGCGAAUCAUCAUGUGCCUCAGAAAGAAAUGUUUGUUCGCAAUUACCUGUCAUUGAAAUUUGAUAUCUCAAACGUACUAGUAUCAGUGAGUACUUGAGUAAACACUCGUACUGGUAUCGGGCUGUCAGAAAAAAGUGGUUUCAAACAUCCCCAAUUGUAACGGCUAGUCCUCAAGAUUGACACCACUGGAUGGAAUAAAUCCAAGAUAAUCGGUGAAUUAAUUAUGUCAGUCAUGGAAAAACACAAAUAAGACUUGAAGGGUGGGUCCACAGCAAUGGUUUUAAUGUGAAGUCCUUUUUUUUUUUUUUUUUUUGUCAGUAUCAUUCACUAUUUCCCAAAAUGAAUGUUUAGCGAAAGGAGGUAAAAUACAGUACAUACAUUUGCGAUGUCCCACGACUUUACUAAGUCAGUAUGGAACUAAUAUGAAGUCUUUUAUGUUUUGCCCCAGUCGAGGGCCUUGAUGAACUCUUCCUCUGUGAAAGAUAGCAGUUUGGCAGCUUCAAGAUGCAUCUGCACAAAAAACACAAUUCCACAUUACCGCCCAGCGACCGUUUUCCAGUUCGAGGAGAGAAGGGCACCUUUUGUCUUUUAAGAACGUCGAUCAGCUUGAGCUGCUUCUUCAAACCCACGACCAGUUCCCCUUUCUGCUUUUUCAGCAGUUUAUUUUCCGCCAGUAGAUUUUCCCGAGUCUGCUGUUCCUCGUUGGUCUUGUCCUUGAUUGAUGGAAAAGAUAGAAAUGACUACUAAGAGCAAGUUGGAACUAGGAAGCUUAAGUAUUCUUGUCCAGCGUAACUUGGGACUCGUGUGUUUCACUUUUAGUAAGACGAAGCGUUUGAAUAAAUAUGUCCUUUGAGUGCGCUUGCCCUGUUCAUCUGUUUGCUUUUGUUGAGUUCCGACUUUAAGCGUUCCACCUCAUCCAGAGCUCUGGUGAGACGAAGCUCCACAGUGUUGUGUGCGGCUGCUCCUUGCUUGCUGGAUUUAUUCAGCUUUUCCAUUUCCUGCAGGUCACAUUGCAUUGUCAAAUGGCUGAGAUGUUCUACCAGAGGCGUCCAAAGUUCUGCAUCGGAGCUAUUUGCCGCCCGCUGUGUUGUGUUAAGAAUUUAAAAACAUGGCCCGCAUCAGAGGGAAAAGGAGAAAAUUUGGAAAGACAACAUUUUUAGACAAAUGGAAAAAUAAAAAAUGUAAUUUAAAAAUUUUUUUAAAGUGUAAUGUUACAGAUAUGACACUUAAAAAGAAAAACAAAAUGUUUCAAGACAUCACCCUCCUUUUGAUUUAUUGUUUUUAAAUGUACAGUCUAAUGUUACAAGAUACUGGGUAUUUUUUUUAUCAAAUAAAUAAAAAUAGCAAAAUUAAGAUAUCACACGUUUUGAUGAAAAGAAACAAACCUUAAAUACAUUUUGAAUGUUACGAGAUUUUUUUUUUCCAAAUAACUGCUUAGCACAGUGGUUCUCAAACUUUUGACACCAAGUACCACCACCAAAAAUACUGAGUUCCCCAAGUACCGCCAUUGUGACCAACAUUAAAAUACAAUAUUCCUGAAAACAUGAAGCGCAGUUUGAGCAUUAGCACUGUGCUUAAUGAAGAUUCAACUCAAAUAAAAGGUAACUAAAAAUUGUAACUAAAUAGAAUGUAAAAACCAGUUCACGAAGCUCAAAUGCAAAUGUAUUCCACUCGCAGGUUAAAUACAAGUGACUGUACUUAGGCAGUGAUUCUUUUGCGGCUUACCAUCCGUUUCUCGACGUUCGCAAACAUAAGAUGAAGUUGCCCCCCCUCUUCCAUUUAUGUUCCCCUCAGUGGAAAAAAAUGUGGACACCCCUGGUCUAGAUGGACGCUAUCGACGUCUCGUACCUUUUGCAAAGCGGACACUUGCAGCUGAAGGCUGUCGCAUUUGACGGCGGCCUCGUUUUCGGAAGCUUUGAGCUUGUCCGUCUUGGUCUGCUGGACGUUGACGGUCCUCUGGAGCUUGAUCCGAUCCUCCUCCAGCUGCUUGACUUUGGUGUUCAGCUUGAUGUUUUCAUCAUCCUGACCCCCCGGCCACAAUGACAAUGAGGAUUUCUGUGGCUUUCUACCGCUGAAAGGGGGCCCAUACGUUUUGUUGGACUGGAUUGUACCUUCCUUUUUCUUUCACUGAGAAGCUGAUCCAUUUCCUCUUGCAUCAUCUUGAUAUUGGCCAUCAGGGCAUGGACUUGUGCACAAGAAACCCCUGAAACCAAAUAAACCAGUGAAAUCCAUUGAAUAAUUUUAACCCUCAGGGGUUGUUUGACUUAACUAGCCUUUCGGCUUGUUUGUGGACUUUUCGGGCCGCUUAUAGACAUGAAUUAGACUUAAAAAGAAAAAAAAGACCAAUCUAUAAGGAAAAAUAAUUGGCGCUUUUUAAAGCUUGCUUAACUUAAUGUUAACAAGCAAUGCAAAACGCCAUAGACAGGCUCACUAAUAGCGUCUAUGUGGCGGUGUUACAGCACUUGAAGCGACGGAUAUUUGAACAAAACGGUGCAGCGUCACUUGUAGACAGAUAAAAUAAUACUUUGGCAUAUAUUUUAUAUCCUUCACGAAAAAUGACCGGUAUGAUUUUGGCUUACUUGGAAGUUGUGACCGUAUCCAUGUGUACCCCACAAUGUGCAUUGAAUUAAAGCAAAAAAUGUUGAAUUAUUUAUAUAUUAUUUAUGCCGU